GCUUAACUAUAGCUCUCUAAAAAGGAACAAAACUUGCCAAAUCAUAAUUCUGAAUUAUUAAAAAAAAUAUUUUUACAAUGGAGCCAUUUCAUAAUUAUAGUUUCUUACCAAAGGAAAAAGAAAUUUUAUAGAGUAGGGGGAUUAGCUCAAAUGGUUAUCGCGCUCGCUUAGCAUGCGAGAGGUAGCAGGAUCGAUGCCCGCAUCCUCCAGUUUGGAUUUUGAUGCUGUUUAAAGGGAAACACCUCCCCCCCUCAAAAAAAUCUCAAGGUCUUCCGUUUUGAGGCAGCGCUUUCUGCUUAUUAAUGGUCUAAUUCUUUUUUUUUUACUACAACUUUUUACGGCCCUUCAAUCCAGUUCCCAAAGGGACACGCUCUUCGAGGACGAGGAUGGGAGGGCUAUGGAAAAAUCAGCUCUACAGUACAUCCGGAGCAACGAACGGGAGGGGAUCCCAAGAAUGAGCGACUUUUCAGAAGGCAAAGAGGAGGAGGAUUGUAGCCUGAGGUAAACUUUAAAAUUUUAAAUCCUUGAAAUCUUCCUUGUGCGAUCCAGGAGGUAUAUCUCUCGGGGCUUGUUUCUGCUGAAGCCAAAAACCUCGCUUGCCCUGCCUUUAGGACUUUCUGAGUGCAGCGGAAGAUGCUCCAUUGCGUUUCUGAAAGCGACCCGGAAUAACACACGGCGCAGCUCCAAGGAAGCCGGAUGCCACUGAGCCGCUGCGGGGAACAGCUGAACGGCUUGUUGAGGCUGCGAUGAGGACGCUUUUCGCUGGCCAUCGGCGGUCGACGACUGGUUCGAUCUGUUUUGCCCGUUGCCCCCGGCCACUGAAUAUAUAUUUUUCACUGCAUUUGCAUCAUCUCCCAUUCUGCACACCGCUGUCCCUGCGGGCUUGGACCAGCGGGAAUGCCUUUCCGACAUCGUUCCCAGGCGAGCCCCACGAUUCGGGCCUUCCUUGAAAGCAUCUCACAAGCUACAGAGAACCUAAAUCGAAGUACCCCAGCCACGCCCACUCGUGAGAUUCGCCUAUGGCUUCGGGUCACCUACUUUAAAAACGAAGACGACUUAAUUGGCGGCGCUCCCGCCCCGUCGGCUACCAUAGCAACCAAACAGGCGUGUCACCAGGGGAGGGAGGCGGCUAGCCAAUGGUGCAUCGAGUUGCUAUGGAGAGGUUCAGCAGACCAAUAGGGAGCUGGAUUGCUCCAGCCGAAGAAGCAUAGCCUAUGAUAAAAAACGUUGUUAUUGUCAGAGCAACCGGCCGAAGGUAGGGCUGGCCUGGCCCGGUGCCUCUGGCGGCGGCGACGGAAGCAGGAAAUACUUCAAACAACAUAUUGGAGGAGGAUGAAACCGCUCUGGUCACCGAGAUUACGAUGGAAAUACGCUGUGGUGGCCUAUUAUUCAGCUCCAAAUUCGACUCUGGCAAUUUGGCUCAUGUUGAGAAAGUGGAACACCAGGAAGGUGAUGGUGACAACAGUUUGAACGGCAAUAGCAGCAUCAAUACUUCUUCUGCCUCAGUGGUGUUUGGCAACUCCCUCCCCACUGCAGACUAUGAAUUCAAUAUGUGGACCAAGCCAGAUUGUGGUGAUACAGAAUAUGAGAAUGGGAACAGAUCCUGGUUUUACUUUAGUGUGAGGGGAGGAAUGCCUGGCAAGUUGAUCAAGAUUCAUAUUGUGAAUAUGAACAAGCAGACCAAACUUUAUUCCCAGGGAAUGACACCCUUAGUCAAGACAGUACCUGUCAAGCCCCGUUGGGAACGCAUUCGUGAGCGACCUUCCUUUGAGAUGGCAGAGACUCAGUUUGUCCUAUCUUUUGUGCACCGAUUCCUGGAUUGUCGAGGAGCCACCACAUACUUUGCCUUCUGCUAUCCCUACUCAUAUACAGAAUGCCAGGACAUGCUGACACAGUUGGAUGCCCACUUUGCAGAAUGCAGACAUCUCUCUCCUAGCAGUGUCCAACAUUAUGGCACAAUUAGUCGGAGGGCAGGCGCAGACUCUAGAAAAGCUGAGGGGAAGCCGCGCCCCACCACCCACAGAACAAGAAAGUACCCUAGAGGAGGACGUGGAAAAGGGAAAAAGGAGGCGGCCCCACCCAGGGGUACACCCUAUCUGGAUGCCAUCUAUUAUCAUCGGGAAUUGUUGUGCUAUUCCCUGGAUAAGCUACGUGUGGACUUGCUCACCAUUACAUCAUGUCAUGGCAUGCAGGAGAAGCGGGAGGCUCGACUGGAAAAGUUAUUCCCAGACAAGAACACACCCCGACCACACUGUUUUGUGGGAAAGAGAGUAUUCUUUCUGAGCAGCAGAGUACAUCCUGGGGAAACACCCUCUAGUUUUGUGUUCAAUGGAUUCCUGGAAUUCAUACUGAGGGAGGAGGAUCCUCGGGCCCAAAUGCUGCGUCGUAUGUUCAUCUUUAAGCUCAUCCCUAUGCUAAAUCCAGAUGGGGUGAUGCGAGGACACUAUCGGACAGAUGCUCGUGGAGUUAAUUUGAAUCGUCAGUAUUUGAACCCUGAUGCAGAGUUGCAUCCUGCUGUGUAUGGGGCCAAGGCUGUCAUGCUCUAUCACCACGUUCACAGCCGGAUGCAGCCAGAUUCUCCUGAUUGGCGAACCUAUGCCUCUCCGCUCAACACAAAAAUAGCCAAUCAACGUUCUACCCGCAAAUGUCCCCAUAGUGAAGACAUCCCUCUUUCUGAGCUGGAAAAAUCAAACAACCUUCGCAACUCUUCCACAGAGUUCUGUAUCACCUCAUCCCAGGACCUUGAAACCUCAGAGGUACCAGGAAGCAAAGACCAUGAUGUCUGGAUCCUUUCAAAAGAACUGUUAUCUGAGCACUGUGAGAAUGAAGUUGAGAAUCCUCCACCAGCCCCAGAAACCAUCUCACCUCAACAGAGUGGUCUGGCUUACUAUGUUGAUCUGCAUGGACAUGCCUCUAAGCGUGGCUGUUUCAUGUAUGGGAACAACAUUUCUGAUGAGAACUACCAGGUUGAAAAUAUGCUAUUUCCUAAGCUCAUCUCCUUGAAUUCUGCUCAUUUUGAUUUCACGGGGUGCAACUUUUCGGAGAAGAAUAUGUAUGCUAAAGACAAGCGGGAUGGACAAUCAAAGGAGGGCAGUGGACGUGUGGCCAUUUAUAAGGCCUCAGGCAUCAUUCACAGUUACACACUGGAAUGCAAUUACAACACAGGAAGAUCAGUCAAUACUGUUCCAGCAGCAUGUCACGAUAAUGGGCGGGCAACGCCUCCUCCUCUCCCAACAUUCCCAUCCAAAUACACCGUGGAACUGUUUGAGCAGGUUGGAAGGGCUUUAGCAAUCGCAGCACUGGAUAUGGCAGAAUGCAACCCCUGGCCUCGGAUUGUCCUCUCUGAACACAGUUGCCUUAGCAAUCUGCGUGCCUGGAUGCUGAAACAUGUGCGCAGCAUGAGAGGAGUGACAGGCUACUCCAAGAGGAAGGGUACCAAAACCCCACCCAAGGGGGGCAAUGGGAUUUCUGCUUCCAGCUCAGAGAAUUCUCUCUGCCGAGCCAGGAGCUUCAGUAAUGGUAGUGUCAAUCAACAAGCUACCCCUCAUGUCAAGACCUCACCCAGCUUCACCUUCAGCUCCUCUCACACCCCCGCCUCCUCGGGGGGCUUGGGGCAGAGCCCUCGGAAAGGUGCCUCAAGGGUGCUGGCCCUUGUGCGAGAACCUCGAGUUCAGGAGAAGAGGCGCCAUCAGCACCAGACCUUGCUACGAGCUGCUGUGAGCAGCAUCCAGGCACCCUCUCUCCCUUGUUCCACCAGAAACACUUCUCAUCUCCAGCUGGCUCCCAGCCUAGGUUCCUGCUCCCUUCCAACUACUAUCAACAUACCAGGACCCAGCUGCAACAGUCUACGUACAGCUGCUAAGGCUAGCACUGAGCAUGUCCCUGAGAAGCUGAAGCCUCCACCUUGUGGCCUAGCAUUGCUACAGAACUUUUCAAGACGGCUGAACAAUGAAAAACUAUCAGAAACUACUAGUUUAGAUAUACUGAUGCCUCGGCCAAGCCGGAUCCCCAUACGCAGGAGACCAGUAGGACAAACCCAGCACUUACUCAGAUUUCAUAGCUGCAGUGAUGACUCUUCCCUCAAGGUGUGGAAAUAUGCACCCCCAGAGAUACCAACACAAAGUUCCUUGCCAGAAUUUCAACUGGAAAUGCCAGUAACGAGUCAGAGGGAAGAAUCACUUUUUAUGUGCAACCCUCCCAAAGUUUUGCUGGACGAGGUAUGGGGAGGAGGGAGCUCUGCAAAGCCAGCUGCUGCUGCAGCCCUUACCUGCAGCCGCUGCCAUCCCCUUGAACCCUUGUCUUGUAGACAGAAGAAGAAGAAGCAACGCCUUUACCGUUGUAUAGGCAGUAGCCACCCUCCUUAUUGAAACUUUGGGGCAGCAUAGCUGCAGUUGACAUCAUUAGUCCCCUGAGCCAGCUCUCUCUGUUGCAGCAUCUCCCUGGGCGACCAGAUUCCCCCCAACUCACCUACCGCAAGAUCCUGUCUUUCUGCACUGAGGCCUGACUUGCCAGUGGAGGCACAACAGCUGUAGCCCAUGUGCUCUAGCACCUCAAGUGCCACCACCCCACAGCAUGCCAGCUGACUCCAACUCAUUCCUUGGUGUGGAGGAAACCUCUUGAGAUCCUUCUUGUUGGUACUUGAUGAGUUCGUGAUUCAAUCACCCCCUUCCUCUCCUCUUUCCUCUUUUAAAUCAAAGCUGCUUUUUAGAGCAGCAGCCAGUAGUUCUGGCUUUGAGACUUUGCCAGGAAUAAGGGCCUCAAAUCACAUCUUUUUUUGUAGCCAGCUACACAAGACAUUGAAGGCUUAAGGGAAAAUGGGCCCCUGACUGUUUCCCAGCAAUCCUCAUUUAAAUCUGGGAAUCCAUCUAAUUUGUUUUUUGUGAAGGAGGUGCCUUUGAAAAAAGAAGCAAACCAGGCUAAUUGCAAGAAGCUGUGCAGGUGCACGUAUGACACAUGGAAAGCAUAACAUGAUCAGCUCCUCCUGGUCUGACUACAGCUAGUGCCGUGGCCAAGACCCUUCCUCCAAUGUUAUUUCCACCACUGUACAUAAUUGGUUACUAGGUUGGAAGCUAUUUUUGAAACAAGUUUGUCUUAUAACAUGUUUCUAUAAAUAAAUUGCAUUUGUCAGAAAAACAAAA